AUGGCAAUCCCGCCUGCCCGUCAUCAGCGUGCUCUCAGCGUGCUGGAUGUAAAUGAUCUCCCACUUCAUAUUUUCCCUCAGCGCCUCCCAGCCCUUGAAGUUGCACGUCAUGUACUUCAGAAACGCAGCCACCUUACCGGCAGUGGUGCGGUGGGUGUUGUGUUUUGUCACCUGCAGCCCAAUGAACGUCACUUUUUUCUCCGCACCGCUGUGCCCAUCGGUGCCAGCAUUUCAGGACCGCCCAGAUUUAUUUAUUUUUUUCUUGGCCGUUUGCGCUCGUUGCACCUCGACCACGUAGAACGCAUCCAGCAAGGGAAAAAACGCUUGCUGAGUACAUACAGAACGCCAGCUUGA